AUGGGUAUUGAUCACACUUCCAAACAACACAAGAGAUCCGGUCACAGAACCGCUCCAAAGUCCGACAAUGUCUACUUGAAAUUGUUAGUCAAACUAUACACUUUCUUAGCUCGUCGUACUGAUGCUCCAUUCAACAAGGUUGUCUUGAAGGCUUUGUACAUGUCCAAGAUCAACAGACCACCAGUGUCUAUUUCCAGAAUUGGUAGAGCUUUGAAGCAGGAGGGUGCUUCCAACAAGACCGUUGUCGUUGUUGGUACCGUCACUGACGACUCUAGAAUUUUGGACUUCCCAAAAGCUACUGUUGCUGCUUUGAGAUUCACUGCUAGUGCUAGAGCCAGAAUUGUCAAGGCUGGUGGUGAAGCCAUCACUCUUGACCAAUUGGCUGUCAGAGCUCCAAAGGGUCAAAAUACCUUGAUCUUGAGAGGUCCAAGAAACUCCAGAGAAGCUGUUAGACAUUUCGGUUUCGGUCCUCACAAGGGUAAGGCUCCAAGAAUUCAAUCCAAGGGUAGAAAAUUCGAAAGAGCUAGAGGUAGAAGAAGAUCUAGAGGUUUCAAGGUGUAA